AAGCCCAAUGUAUUUAUUAAACCAUCACCAAACAUUCAAUUGACUAUUAAGCAAAAAAUAAAAACAAGCGAGGAGGCAUUCGUCUUACAUUUUCUGAACCCCACCCCUAAGCGCACUCUCCCCCACCCCACCUUUCUAGGAUUCUCGCUCCAGCUCCAGCACAGGAAUAAGCAGAAGAGCACGGAGGAGGAAAAGAAGACUUUGUCCACGGUGUCUCCACUCAGAUGCAUCACCGCCCGGCUCUUUUAAUGGGGCAGCGCUGAACUUUUAAGUUCGCGGGGAAGCUUCUCCGAAGUGCGCUAAUGUGAGUUCUGAACACAAUGUCAGCCGCUCAAGGACUUCUAAACAGCGUCUUUUCCUGCUCGUCCCCUGCCUCCAAAGCCAUAACCAAACGCAGGCUACGCCAGACCCGGAGCCUGGACCCCGCCAUCAUCAGACACUGCGGCACCGGGAGCGAUGGAGCGGCCGCAGACACAGGUGCGUCCGCCGAGCGCUUGGCUGUGAAGCCGGCUUUACGCACCAAGAUCCCGACCCUGAAGGAACCUAUAACCCCUUCCAUCUCCUCUCCUUCCAUACCUCUGGAUGUUUCCCCGUCCUCCAACUUCCACUUUGACUAUGACGUGGUUAAGCAUGCCAAAAGGAAUACCGCCGGGGAUUUACCGUUUAUGGUGAGGGGAGCUGGUGCCGCUCCCUCAGGGAGCACCGGCACGCUGUUUUCCCCGCGGAGGUGGCUACAGAAGAAAGUGCAGCCUUCCAGCUCUCACUCUUACGUCGUGUGGAAGUCAGAGGGGGAUUUCACCUGGAGCAGCCUGUCGGGGCGGAGCGUGCGUCUGAUGCCAGUUGCCAUCCAAAGCCUGUCAGAGCUGGAGAGGGCCCGGCUACAGGAAGUGGCCUUCUCCCGUUUACACCAGGACUAUGACUUGGGAUGUCAGAUAACCAUGCCAAAAGAUGGACAGAAGAGGAAAAAGUCGCUGAGAAGGAAGUUGGACUCGCUCGCAAAAGAGAAAAACAAAGACAAAGAAUUCAUACCCCAGGCCUUUAGUAUACCCCUGUCCCAGGUCAUCGCCAACGACAGAGCUCAAAGGCAGCGACAGGAUUCUUUUCGUCAGGACCCUCCACAGCGGGAGGAGCACAAAGACUCCUCAGACCUCGUAUCGUCCAUUUUACAGUUUGCCACCAAGCGGCCGUCCAACAAGGAGUUAUCCAGCAGUAACUCGUCGCUAAGUUCCACAUCAGAAACGGCUAAUGAGUCAACAUCGCCCAACACCCCUGAAGCUGCCCCACGAGCGCGGAGGAGGGGAGGCAUGUCAGUGGACUCCAUCACAGACCUAGACGACAACCAGUCCCGCUUGCUUGAGGCGCUGCAGCUCUCUCUGCCAGCUGAAACGCCGAGUAAAAAAGAGAAGCACAGGGACAAAAGGCUGAGCCUGAAUCCCAUUUACCGUCAGGUGCCACGUGUCGUCGAUAGUUGCUGUCAGCACAUCGAAAAAUAUGGUUUGCACACUGUGGGGAUCUUUAGAGUUGGAAGCUCCAAGAAGAGAGUCCGACAGCUGCGAGAAGAGUUUGAUCGUGGCAUUGAUGUGCAGCUAGACGAGGAGUACAGUGUUCACGAUGUAUCUGCUCUGCUGAAGGAGUUCCUAAGGGAUUUGCCGGACCCUCUCCUAACCAAGGAGCUCUACACGGCCUUUAUUAACACCACAUUGUUGGACUCAUAUGAGCAGCAGAGUGUCGUUCAGCUGCUGAUCUACCUUCUCCCAGCAUGCAAUAGUGACACACUUCACCGCCUGCUGGAGUUCCUGUCCACUGUGGCUGAUCAUGCCCAUGACCAGCAAGAUAAAGACGGGCAGGAGAUCACAGGGAACAAGAUGACAGCUUUAAACCUUGCCACCAUCUUUGGUCCCAACCUCCUCCACAAGCAGAAGAGCACAGACAAGGAGUUCACUGUCCAGAGCUCAGCCAGGGCUGAGGAGAGCACGGCCGUCAUCGCCGUGCUGGAAAAGAUGAUCGCCAGCUACCAAGCACUCUUCAUGGUUCCUCCUGAUCUGCAAAAUGAAGUUUUAAUGAGCCUUUUGGAGACCGAUCCAGAUGUGGUCGACUACCUUCUGAGGAGAAAAGCAUCUCAGAGUCCGGACCUGUUACAGCCAGAGGAGCCCUUCGUCCUGAGCGAGCGGCAUUCGUCCAGCGACUCCAACAAGGCGUCGAGUGGUGAAGUGUCCCCUUAUGAUAACAACUCCCCGGUCCUGAGUGAGCGCAGAGGGGAACCAGGGAGCCCGGCCAGUGAGCAGCUCUACCGCGUCCCAGAACAGUACUCUCUAGUGGGGCAGAGCGGAGCUGUCACUUGGGGUUAUAAAGAAGAACAUGCUAACAUUUGGGGCACAUGGCACAGUACUCUGAAAUCGGCACUCAAGAAUCAAACAUAUACAGGUUCCCAUAGCAACAUGUCAGAAGGAAGCUCCCGCAGCUCACAGGAAGGUCUAGAUGGACUCCAUAGUGAUAGCAGGCAUCAGACAGCAGUACAACGGACUCAGACAACGCCUGACAUCUCCGAGUGCAGACUCCACCCACCGGUCACCAGAGUGUGCACCAACCCUCAUGCGGACAAGGGGCGACCACGCCUGCAGCUAAACAUCAACCCUUCUGUGACUUCGCAAAGGGGACAUGGAGUUAACUCGACCCUCAGACCUCAAGCCGGAGUAAACACCGGAGAAGGCGGCCCCCUCGAUGGACGCUCUCCUCCCCCUUAUAAUGCGCACCAUCGACUGGCUAGCUCACAAAGUACCCCUCAGCUUGCGACGGCUCAGCAGCCACACGGGAGGUCGAGCGCAGGACAGAGCAACUCGGCUUCAACAACAGAAGUCCCAGUGGUCGCACAGAGUCCAGAGUGGCAGGAGUGGCAGAGGGACCGGUGGCAGAUAUGGCAACUGCUAUCCUCGGACAAUGCUGACACACUGCCAGAAACUCUGGUGUGAUUUCAGACAAUGUACUCUGUCUCAGCCUCUUCUGGCCAAUCAAAGACAAGAUCAAACCCCUCCAAUGACAAUCACUCCUUAUCCCUAUCCUUUCCCUUUUUAUUUCUGCUGCCCUCUCAUCCAUUCACUCACUGAUUUCCUGCUUUCUAUGAACAUCAUGUGCUGUCCUGCAACUUAGCGCCGUGGCGUUGUUGUUUACGUGUGCAGCUGCUGCCUCCAACAGACUUUUACAUCCAGGAGCCACUAGUAUUUGUUGAUCUGUUCGGAUGUUAAAAAAGUUGCUCAAUUUCCUGGCCCAUAUAUUAUGUCAACAUUUAGUUAGGAGCAUUUUUUAAAAAUGCCUACCCGAAAUACCUCAAAAAAUCCGUUCAGAAUAUUUUCAGAUUUUCUAUUUUUGAGCGACAUCAGUCUUCAUAUCUCAAUGGAGAAUAUUAGGAAAACAUUUUUUAAGUUUUUUACAUUUUAAUUUCAUCAUUUUUACAUUGGUCACCACACACUAAGAUGUACGCGUUAGUAACUGCUGCUAAUUACAGACUUGUUGUGUGUAUACUAAUGAUGUAAUUCAGCGGCAUCUUUCUGAAAAGAUCAAAUGUUGAGUUGCUUUUUGAUGUCAGAUUACCUUUGACUGUAUAUAUAUGUACAUGAAUACACAAAUUGUUGACAUACGUGCUUAAAUAUUAUAUGUAAAGUGUAUAAUUUGCCUAAAAGUAUCUACCUAAAUGUAAGCCAGCCCCUUAAUCGACAGUCCAGAUGUUGGUGUUUGUCAGACUGCUGUUUCUGUCUUUGAUAUUGAAUGUAAAAUGCUUCACUUGCAGUAAGACGCUUAAACCUAAUUAUGAAGCAAUCUGCUGUAAGUUUGCUUGUGCUCUCGCCACCUGCUGCACUGCAGAAACAAUGUGCCAAAGUAUCUCUCUCUCUUUUUAAACUAAAGGAUCAUUGUUUUUCAGUUGUGUUGAUUCCAUCCAUUUGGUUAAUUUUUGUAAGACUCAAGAGUUAAGUUACUGGCAUUUUUAUCAAGAAUUUCAUAUUUUAGCACAAAGCAUAAACUGUAAAUAAUAGAUGGAAGUAACCACUAGCUCUGAAAUCCUCCAGGUUAGCAUUUUUGCCAAAACUGGACAUUAUGAAUAAAGAUUGGAUCUGACUGAAA